AUGACCGAUGCCGACGCAGAGGGCGAGGAGAGCAACGUUCCGCCUAGAGAGGAAGAACAUGUGGUAGCAAGCGAACCACCGGAUGGUGCUCCAGAGUCUUCUCAGCAUCAUAGCUUGAAGUACCAUCUUCUGGGACCUUCGUUGGCGAAGUCUGGUCAAGAUGGAGUCGAUCAGAGAAAGAUCAGCGAGAUCAUAUAUGAGGCGUCGAAAGGGAGCAAAUACUUCAACAACGAGGAGGUGAAAGAUAAGGGCCUUACACGGAAGAUCAACCAGAUUCUGGCCAAGAAACGCGAACUGGAGCGCAUCCAUGCCCAAGGUGGUCUGAAGAACGAUAUCAAAAAGGCGGAUGACUACAUCACCGAGCUUGAAUACGGCAGAGAUCUAUCCCAGGUCGUCGUACACGUAGACUGCGAUGCGUUCUAUGCCGCUGUAGAGGAGCUGGACCGCCCAGAGCUGAAGGAAUUGCCGUUCGCGGUGGGCAAGGGCGUCCUUACCACGUGUAACUAUAUCGCCCGCAAAUUUGGAUGUCGUAGUGGUAUGGCAGGCUUUGUCGCCGACAAGCUGUGUCCAAACCUCAUUCACAUACCUCUCAACUUCGACAAGUAUACUGCAAAAGCCAAGGAAGUCCGCGCUGUCUUGACGCAGUACGACUCACGAUUCGAAUCGGCCAGUAUCGACGAAGCAUACCUCAACAUCACUCAGUACUGCAAAGAUCAUGACAUGGAGCCCGAAGAUGCUGUAAGCCAAAUGAGAGCUCAAGUAUUCCAGGAAGCCAAGAUCACCAUCUCUGCUGGCAUCGCAGCCAAUGCGAAAGUCGCAAAGAUCUGCAGCAACAAGAACAAGCCUAAUGGACAGUUUCGACUGAGUUCAGACCGUACAUCGAUCCUCAACUUCAUGCGUGAUUUGCCGACCCGCAAAGUCAACGGCAUUGGACGUGUUCUGGAGCGGGAGCUGGAUGCUAUUGGCAUCAAGACUUGCGGGGACAUCUACCCUCACAGACACUUACUCAACCGUUUGUUUGGCGACAAGACUUUCGAGUUCCUCAUGGGAGUAUACCUUGGCCUGGGUCGGACAGACAUCAGACCGGCGGAGGAGUUUGAGCGGAAAAGUGUCGGGACUGAAUCCACGUUCCACGAUAUGGCUGAUUCGAAAGAGAUGCGGCAAAAGCUCAGGUGGACUGCCGAAGAGUUGGAGAAAGAUCUGCAGCGGACGGAGUUCAAGGGGCGGACAUUGGUGUUGAAGGUCAAGCUGCACACGUACGAGGUCUUCACGCGACAAGUCCAACCGGCAAAGGCCGUUCACACCGCGGACGAUCUAUACCAUUUCAGCUUGCCAAUGCUGGCGAAGCUUGAGAAGGAGAUGCCGGAUAUGAAGUUGCGGCUCAUGGGAUUGCGAUGUACACACUUGGUCUCCACGAAGAAGGGUGACGUCGACUUCUUUGGACGAUCUCGUCAGACACCGAAGCAGUCUGCAACCCUUACAACGAACGAGAGGACAGAUGUGGAGGUCGAUGAAGAUGGGUGGCAAAGGUGGCCUGACAUGGAGUUUGAGGACGCUGCUCGCCAAGAACGAGAAGAUGACAUGGCAGCUUUGGAGCAGCUCUCACAAGAAUAUGAAAGAGAAAGGCCAUCCGAUGAGCCUUCAGAUAAUCCGAGUGGAAUAAAGCCUGACUAUCAAAGGUAUGCGAACGGGUUUGCCUGGCGGUCGCUACUGGAAGAAGAAGCCAAGCUUGAGGAAACGGAAAGUAAACCACCCGAACAGUGGCCAUGUCCAAUCUGCAGCAUCCCACAAGUGGCAGACGAGAGAAGCUUCAAUGCCCAUAUUGACGGAUGUCUGUCUCGUCAAACGAUAAAAGAGAUUGUCAAGGAGGCGACGCCUCCAGAGGCUGUGCUCCAUCCACUUAUGCAGGCGAGCACAGCGAAGAGGAAACGGGGGCGACCUAUGAAUGACGCAGGUGCAAGUAGAAUUGGCGGGGAGAGCAAGAAGAGGGACAAGAAGUCUUUCUUCUCUUGA